CUGUGCAAACCGAGCGCACCCGCUGACAUCUUCCAAACAGUGUUGGUUUCUAGUAGCAACGCCUGCCAAACAGAAGAGAAGAUGGUCCUGAUCACAGAAGACAUGGUACGACGUCGGGCAGAGCAUAACAACUGCGAGAUCCUUUCCUUAGAGGAGGUGUCUUUGCAUCAACAAGAUAUUGAGAAAAUAGAACACGUUGAUAAGUGGUGCAGGGACCUCAAAAUUCUGUAUCUUCAAAACAAUCUCAUUCCCAGAAUAGAAAAUGUAUAUAGAUUGAAAAAGUUGGAGUAUCUAAACCUUGCUUUGAACAACGUUGAACUGAUCGAAAACCUGGAAGGAUGUGAGAGUCUCCAGAAGCUGGACCUGACAGUGAAUUUUGUGGGCCGGUUGAGCAGUGUGGAGUCAUUGAAGAACAACCUCCAUCUCCGAGAGCUUUUCCUGGUGGGGAACCCCUGCACUGAGUUUGAGGGCUACAGGCAAUACGUUGUGGCUUCACUGCCCCAACUGAAGUAUCUGGAUGGGAAAGAGAUUGGCAGGUCGGAACGGAUCCGAGCCAGACAAGGCCUAGAUGAGGUAAGGAGACGGAUUCGGCAGCAGGAGCAGGAUUACCUGCAGAAGAGAGCGAGUGAGAAAGAGGAGGCCCAGAGAGAGGGAGGAGAGGUGCAGCGGGCGCCGGAAAGGGAAAGCCGCUCCUCUGUUAAAGCGAAGAAUCCUGGCUUUGAUGGUCGCUGGUACACUGACAUCAACAACACCAUCCCUGUGCAUGAAGACAACAAGGAGAUCCAAGGGAGAGAGGAGAAAGAGAAGACAAGCUGCCUUUCUUCAGAAGACCAGGAGAGGGAGUUUUGGGAGAAACCUUGUGCCUAUACUCCAGAGUCACGCCUGGAGGCUCACCGCCACCUUGACGAGAAGAAAAAGGCAAAAGAAAGGAAGGCUGUGAAGACGCCCAAGGCCCCGAGGACUCUGAUCACACCCCAUGGACGGGUGAUGAAUGUCAAUGAACCCAAGCUGGAUUUCAAUCUCACAGAAAAUGGGGAUAAUAAUACCAUUGUCUUGGAUCUGGAAGUCUACAGGCAUAUGGACACUUCCCUGAUGGAUGUUGAUGUUCAACCAACGUACGCCCGAGUGACUGUCAAAGGAAAGAUUUUUCAGCUGGUGCUGCCCGCAGAAGUGAGGCCUGACAGCUCGACAGCGAAGAGGUCCCAAAUCACCGGACACUUGGUCCUCACAAUGCCAAAGGCUCAGGGUGAAAUCAAAAUGGCAACUCCUCAUCCUCCCAAAGUUUCUAAAAGCAGCAACACACCUGAAGAGAAGACAAGGAAAGGUAACAACCAGCAGAGGUUGGAGGUGGAUCCCAGUAAACACUCAGGGGUCGACUUGGCCAACAUUGUCCCACGAGAGAACAGGGCUGGAGAGCAGACCAUCUUUUAUGAUAACUUUGUGGACGACCCAGACGUUCCCCCUUUGAUGUGAGAGUGAAAAUCUCAAAUCGGUCUGACAAAUUUGUGAACACACAAAUCUUCAUAUCAUCUGACAUCAAUGUCAAAAAAAUAUUUAAUAGAGUAAAUGCAAGAUUUGUCUAUCCAGCAGAUCUUUUUGAAUGUUGUGCAAGUGAGAGAUGCUCAUAGAUGUCAGUAUAUCAUUGUGCAUUGUUAUGAUGGUCGUAGAAACCCUCCUGAACGUGUGUUUAGUUACUCUGUGGUCCAUUUUUAUUUGAACUGAGUUAUAUCCUUUCCUGUUUACAUUGGUGAUGUUCCCCACAUAAACAAAUAAUAUAGUUUAGUACACACUGUAGUAUCUCUCGAUUUAUUUGUAGUACUUACUAUAGAAUAGUGUAGUAUACUGUAGAAUACUUUAUUAAAUACUACAGUAUUAUCUGCAUACAAAAAACACUAUAGUAAAUACUACAUUAUUUAGUUUGUAUAUACCCUGCCCAUUCCCGUCCCCCAUAUAGCAAUUUGUGCCACCCAUGAGUAAGAAACCUACACACCAAGUAUUGUGUUCCAGGCAGAUUGUAGAAAAGAGCAGAAGUGCUGUUCAGAGUCCAGGUUACAUGUUAUCAAAAAUGUGUUUUUAUUAUUUCUCCAGUAGGUUUUCUAAAGGAGAAAGCCUCUACUUCUACAGUAUGUUAAAGAUAAAACAAAAACACUACAGUAAAUACUACAGUAAAUGCUACAAUCUGCAAAAACAUGACAUUAAUUACUAUAGUAUAUACUACAGUUUUCUUUUACUACAGUAUUUAUACUAUAGUUAACUGGAAAUACUAUAGAAAACUACAGUAAAGUCAGCAAAAACACUAGUAAAUACUAUAUUAUUUAUACCAUAGUAGUACACAGUGCAUUCGGAAAAGUAUUUAGACCAAUUCACUUUUUACAUGUUUAAAAAAAAAAAUACAUUUUUAAGCCUAAUUGUAAAAACUCAUCAAUCUGCACUCAAUGCCCCAUAAAAAAAUAAAAACAGAAAUACCUUAUUUACAUAAGUAUUCAAGCCCUUUGCUAUGAGACUCGAAAUUGAGAUCAGGUGCAUCCUGUAUCUAUUAAUCAUCCUUGUUUCUACAACUUGA